AUACAUUCCCCUCUCAAACCUGUCGCCUUUCCUCUUCUUAGUCCUCUCUCGCUAGUGCGCCAUCGUUUUCGAUUUUUUUGAUCAUUUUCAAGGGAAAAAGCUUGGAUUGUGGGAUCCAUGGCGGAGGCUUUGGCGAGGGAAACCCUCGUAUUACCACGUGGGCAUCGUUAUGUGUCGUUUUCUAACCCUAAAAAGAGCCCACCCUGCGCGCGAUUCCCUCGGGGCUCCUCUGUUACGGUGGAGGAUGAGAGGGGUUCUUCGCAAAUUGUGGGUUUUCAACGGGGGAGAUUGGUGUCGGAAGCUCCGGCAACGUUACCCAUGAGGAGGAAUCUCGAUUCGCCGCAUGCGAAGUUGAGUCAUUGCAUUGGGAAUGCUAUGAAAUGGUGGGAAAAAUCACUCCAGCCCAACAUGAAGGAGAUCGAGUCGACGCAGGAUCUCGUCGACACCUUGUUGAAUGCCGGGGACAAGCUCGUUAUAAUGGAUUUCUACUCCCCUGGUUGUGGAGGAUGUAGAGCACUUCAUCCUAAGAUUUGCCAAUUUGCGGGGAUGAACCCGGAUGCCGUCUUCCUGCAAGUAAAUUACGAGACUCACAAGUCCAUGUGUUAUAGCUUGAAUGUCCAUGUUCUUCCGUUCUUUAGAUUUUAUAGGGGAGCGCAGGGCCGCCUAUGCAGCUUCAGCUGCACAAAUGCAACAAUAAAGAAAUUUAAAGAUGCAUUAGCAAAGCACACCCCAGAGAGGUGUAGCUUGGGGCCGGCAAAGGGGCUCGAGGAAUCAGAGCUCAUGGCUUUGGCUUCAAACAAGGACCUCGCUUUCGACUACACGAUGAACCCAGUGGUUCUCCCGGAAGCUGCACCUACAACCCCAAAACUUCCUUUGUUUUCACCACUAGUAGCUAACUAGUAUUCCGAAAACAAGGUUGAAGUUACUGAUGGAAGAUGAGAUGAUGUUUUUAUUCCAUCUCAUCUCUCAUCUAAUUGUACAGUUUUCUUGUUUGUUGCUCUUUGUAGUUGUUUGUCGCGGCUACAGUCUGGCAAUCUUCGUUGCAGGCUAAGCUUUUUUAUUUACCAGAGCCUGCUGGGUAGUAUUGAGCUUUGGGAUUAGGCUUCUUAAGAUGUUGAAUGGUUUCUGUAGGAUUUCGUUAUGUCGUGUUCGAGUCUUAAUGAGUUAUUAGCUUUGUUAUACUUGUGACUUCUUUCAUAAUAAUAUUGCAAUUCCUUUUCAUCUGCA